AUUAUGUGAUGGAGCAACUGAACCAAAUCGGGAAAAUAAACAAUAAUGCUUGUUUUGGAAGUGCAGACAUCCUCGCAAUUUGGAUUCCGGUCGCCUCGAGCCCGCUGGAAUCAAUAAACGACUGAGUCUGUUUGGCUACCGCACAUGGACUCAGAAGAGUGGUUCUUCAUUUCUCAACCCUUUCUGUAAUUUGGCCAAACCACUGAGGCUGAGACCGGGAGAAACCCUCUAAUUGGAUGGAAAUGCUCCUAAAUGAAAUGAUCAAUGUGAUUGUUUUUAUUCCAACUUAUGUGGCAGGAGCAAUACAUGUAUUUAACUGAUAUGCUAAUGUAUGGACCACCGUGUUUAUAUCUAUCCUUUAACAAUCAGACAGGCUCAUUAAGUACAUCUGUCAUUUAACCCAAUACAUCUAGAAGCCAAAUACUGCACUUCAGUCAGAAAGCUUUUUACACACAAUAAUGCAGCACUGCUAAACUGCAUAGAAAAGAAAGCGCAAGUUAGAAAAUUGAAUCUAUGUUUAAUAUGUUUAAUAUUUUUAACCUUUAUCAACCAGAGGAAUCAGUUGCACUGCAAUUUAAAGACAUCCCUAAAGUUAACCUGUGUGCAUACUCAUGUCAACCCUGUGAAACUCAGUGAGUUUGCAGCUUGAGCAGGCGGAGCUGCACAUUGCAUGCUCUGCUUAUAAACCCCUGGUCGCUCUGUGCCUGCUGAUUUCCAGCCGCUUUGGUCUGCAGGCCUGUGAGAAAGCAAGGAGAACCUUUUGGCCACCAUGGAUGACGACUUUGACCGCCGCAUGGAGCUGAGGAGGCAAAGGAGAGAGCAGAUGCGCCUUGAAGCUGAAAAGACAGGUAACACCAAUGAUGAUGAUGAGGAAGAGGCUCGGGAGCGAAGGAGACGCGCAAGGGAGGAGAGAAAGAAGAUGAAAGACUCAGAGGAAUCUGGUACGACUGAGGUGAUCGACACUAACAGCGUGACAGAGACGGAGUCCUCCACGGCCGUAAACGAAGGGGCAGAUGAUGACCAAGCUUUGCUGGAGCGCCUCGCCAGAAGGGAGGAACGCAGGCAAAAGAGGAUGAAGGAGGCCAUGGAGAGACAGAAGGAGCUCGAUCCCACAAUUGGCACCACCAAUGGCACAGACGUCACAUUGGAAGAGCAGACUUUCAUCAGCAUCAGCAGGCAACAAAAUACAGAGGAGGAGGAGGAGGAGGAGAAGAAGGAGGAGGAAUCUGCCCAGGAGGAGGUGACAAGAACUGAUACUAACUCUUGGAGGAAAGAAGAAGAAGACACAAAGGAGGACGAGAAGGAAUCUGUUGAAGAAUCAAGAACACAAACAACAGAAAAUGAGGAAGAGACUGAGGAGAAGGCUGCAGCAACAGAGGUGGACACUGAGGAGCCAGGUUUAGAAAAUAAAGAUGCUGAAGAUGAGCCUGCGCCUGGUGUUGACAAAGAAGAAGAAGAAGAAAAGAAGAGGCAAGAAGAAGAAGAAAAGCAUCAAAAGGAAAUGGAAGAAAAGCGGAGGAUAGAAGAGGAAGAAAGAAGAGAGAUGGAAGAGAAGAAGAAGAAAGAGGAGGAGGAGAAGCCGAAGAGAUUUGGGUUUAAGGAGAAGAUUGAACCAACCAAACAGAAUGGAGCUGUCAUUGAAAGUAAAUUAAAGAAAACAGAAAAGACAUCAAGGGACAAUCCGCCCUCCACUAAAGCAGAAGACCUGGAGCGACAGGAGGCUGAGCGAAAACUGCAAGAGCUGAAGCGCAGACGAAACAAUGCGGAAAGUGAGGAGUUUGAGAAGAUGAAGCAGAAGCAGCAGGGUGCCGAGGCAGAGCUGGAGGAGCUGAAGAGGAAGAGAGAGGAGAGGAAGAAGAUCCUCGAGGAAGAGGAGAGGCAAAGGAAACAGGCGCUAGAGGAAAAGAAAGCCAAGGAGCAGGAGGAGAGAAAGAGGAUGAAGGAGGAAAUAGAGAAAAGGAGGGCGGAGGCUGCAGAGAAGAAGAAACAGAUGGAGGAGGGGUCUACAAAACCAACCUUUACUAUCAGUCCCAAAGGCUCCUCUAAGAUUGGGGAGAAGGCAGAAUUCCUCAGUAAAUCAGCCCAGAAAAGCACCACAGCCAGAGUGUCACACACUCCUAUUGUCUCCAAGAUUGGCAACAGAAUGGAACAAUACACUUCUGCCAUCCAGGGAAACAAAGAUGUAAAAUCUCCCAAGUCUCCAGUGGCAGAUAUUCCUACGGGGGGAACACGCAGCAUCAAAAGUAUGUGGGAGAAAGGCAACGUGGGCAGCACCUCUGAAAGUCCCUCUCCUGCAAACAAGGAUGUGGCCGGUAUCAAAGGAAGUGUGACCGGACGUGUCAACAGUUGGACGGGAAAGCCGGCAGAAGGCGAGAAGACAGUAGCGCCAGCACCUGCAGCAGCAGCACCGGCACCAGCGCCAUCAGCAGCUGCAAAGCCAGCACCAGCAGCAGCAGCAAAGCCCGCAGAUGUGAAACCAGCUGAUGUGGGCAACAAGCGUGGCAUGUGGGAAGCAAAGAAGGGCUCUACGCCUGGAAAGGUGGCUGUGGGAGGCAAGUUUUCUCGUUAAUGCAGGAGUGAGACCCUAACCAUUGACAUCCCAGUUACACCUGUUCAAACUCACACUUCUGCUGCUCUACGUUCACACCUGUUCCCCUUCAGCACGCCUGUAUUUUGCAUGAGGUUCGCAUCACAAUGAGGGAGAAGGGAAUGACAUAAUGGGAUUCCUGUGUCAAAGUCUUCCAGCUCUAGCUUUACAGUAUCAGUACCUUUGCACUGCCACCUAUUUUGACUUAGCCAUGCUUCAAGAGUUUCAUCAAAAAUGAAAAGAUGAUGGCUUGACUUGAUAUGUGACUAUAAGAAAUUUAAAAGAAUAUUACACUUUCUAAUUGUUUUUACAUGGUUAAUACUCAGUAGUAAACUAAAACUGUUCAUUAGCUGUUGCUGUCACUAUUUUUCAUUCAAGCAUUCUGCAAGUCGGUUAUUUUGCUUUCAGCUCUCAUUAGCAGGUCUAUAAUUCAUAUGGUGCAUUUGGGCUUUGACAUUAUGUCAUAUAGCUUAUACCCAGUAAUUAGUAUUCUUGCUUUAUAGUGAUACAUGCACACUGCUUUUUGUGAUGAAAGUUAUGGUUUUGAUUCCAUAGAAAGUAUACUGUACUCCACAGCUGGAUAUUGUAUGAAAAGCUUGUAUAUAAUUUACUUGUUUUGUAGGUUUUAGUUUCUACUAAGGCAUCCAUCAUAAAGGGUUUCUGACGUAUUUAAUAAGGCCUUUGCAUGUACUUAAUAUAGAUCAGUUAGACGUAAUUAACAAGUCUGUGGUUCUGAAGCAAUAAAGAAAUCUCUUUGGCUAAUGUUUACAAUUUUGAUAAAAGUUUUUAAUAUUUUUUUAACAAUAAUAAGUUGUGCACAAACACUCAUAAAUAAACCAUUAAAUGAAUGACUUUGAUGUUCGCAAAGGAUGGCAAAACUAUCCGAGUGAUUCAGCUCUUCAAGAGAGAAAUAUAUCAACAUCUAUGUAGGGGUGGGGAACGCCAGGCCUCAAGGGCCAGUGUCCUGCAGGUUUUAGAUCUCACCCUAGGUCAACACACCUGAAUCAAAUGAUUAGUUCAUUAACAGGCCUGUGGAGAACUUCAAGACAUGUUGAUGAGGAAUUUAGCCACUUAAAUCAGCUGUGUUGAAUCAAGGACACAUCUAAAACCUUCAGGAUACCGGCCCUUGAGGCCUGGAUUCCCCAACCCCUGGUCUACUGGAUGGAUUAAUCUAUUAGACAUUCAUGUUCUGUUAGUCAUUUUUAAAUACCUUGUCAUGCAAACUUACUCACUAAAAAUGGAAGACGUGAUAAAUAUUUUUACCUGCUGAACAUUGUAAUUUCUAUUCCUAUUGUGAGCAUGGCAUCAGUGUGACUCUUCGGAUGUAGUAUGAAGAGCACACAGAGAAAACACAGACUAUCUGAUCACUCACCUCGUGAUUAACUUCAAAAGGCAACUGGCUCUUAGUUCAUUCACUCGUCAUUUAGUCAAAUUUACAACUCCAAAAUGGAUGAUGCACGAUAAUAGUUAGAAAGCCGAUAAGCCUUGAUAAAGGCGCUCUUAUUAAAAUUCUAAUUAAAAAACACACAAGGAUCCACACCUCAAAUCAUAAGUUAACACUGGCACAUCCUGCCUAGGCCUGCUACAGCAGCGUGAAACAUUUUCACGAAUAACAUCCAGCUUUGUUACUGUUAUGGCUUUUUUUUUUUUGCAAAAAAAAGUCUAUGAAUACUUGUGUAUGCAAGUAUCUACUGUAACAACAGUUCAGUGAACAAAUCUUAUUGUAUUCAACAAACAGGUUAUAGUCUGGCUGCUUUGCUUAUCUAUUGUGCAUUUACAUGCCACCUACUUCAGCUUUUUAUGCGUUGCAGAAACAUUAGAGACCUGCAAGACAAUCGCAACAUGCACUCUGUUUAAAAAAAGCCUGUAAUUAACAGUGAAUGUAACCCGGUGUUCCUGUCAGCAGUGCACAUACGUUCAAUUCUGCCUAAAUGUAUUGUGACACUUUCAGCAUUUUUUUUUAUUGAUUGCCUUGUUUGAGUUGUUUACAAAUAUUGUAUGUAUGGCUUCAGCAA